CUGACCCACUUCAAGCACUGAAUACAUUGAUAGAAAAGCGUAUAGUUUAAUUUCCAAAGUGCCCAUUGAAUACUGAAGGAACAUGCAGUGUAAUGGCUGUAUCCUUUUUUGACUUAAACACAGGGUGAAAUAUGGCCCAUAGUUAUGAGUCCAAAUGAUCAGUGGACGUCUCUGCCUGCGACUGCAAACUGCCUGUAGUCAGACUAUUACACCGGACCUGGUUUCCUUACAGCCAUAAACAUCUAAGCAAUGGCUCACCAAGAGAUCCAGACCUCACUCGCCGACCUCUUGCUGGAGUAUCUGGAGGAGCUCGAUGGUGAACAGCUGAAGAAGUUUAAAUGGACACUGAGUCACACAAAGUAUAAAGAGUUAAAGCCCCUUCCCAGGGGUCAGGUGAAAGACUUGGAUAGAACAGACCUCACCGACACGAUGAUAAGUUACUACAAGGAAGUUGGUGCUCUUGAAGUCACACUUGAAAUCCUGAAGAAUAUGACCCUGAAUGACCUUGCUGAGAGACUGAAGGAAGACCUGCAGAAGUGUAACCAAACAGGAAGUGAGCUGGGUGACGUAUCAGAGAAAAGGGAACUCAUGAUGGACAGAAUAAAAUGUAACCUGAAGAAGAAAUUUGAGUUUAUAACUGAAGGGAAAGCUAAGGAAGGACAGCCAACACUUCUCAAAGAGAUUUACACUGAACUUUACAUAACAAAAGGUGGAACUGGAGGAGUCAAUGAUGAACAUGAAGUGAGACAGAUUGAAACAUCAUCCAAGAGACGACGAACAAAAGAUACUACAGUCAAGUGCAAUGAUAUAUUUAAACCCUUAUGUGGGCGACAUCACCCUGAUUAUAGGCAAUGA